AAAGGAAUAUAGGGUUGAAUGGGUUCAACACCAGGGUCUUCAGCCGGAGGGUCAAUCGUUAAUUUCCCUUUUCACAGGAAACGGAUCAAGUGUAACCCACAGCGGCCAUUCGUUUAAACUGCAGCGGCUGAACCAACGUGUUUGUCGAGCCUGUGAAUAAAUAAUAACCACAGUAACAUUAUAACCCACAGUCUUCGACACGAUGGAGGACAAAGAUUUCCAGCGGUAAGUGUCGAGCGAACCCUCCACGACCUUCCUUUCCUAGCCGAAGACACGUCACUAACCGACGGAUAACCACAGCAGAGCAGUCCGAGGAACACUCGGCUCUCUGCGUGAAACCCGAUAAGACACGAAGUGAAAACUCGUCCAGCUCCACCACCUCUGGGUCCAACCCUCCAUCCGCCGUGGAGAAGGAGGCGGUGGCGAGACGGUUGACUGACGGGCCGUGGCUGUGUUGACACUCCAGAGCCGAGCCAGCCCCCGGGACCCGCACCGGCCGACAUAUUCCAGCUCGUUUGACAGCACAUGAGAGAGGACCAGAGCCGGUUCGUGUCUAAAGCCACCGCGGGAUGCUGCGGACCCUGCGACGGGUCACGGGACGGUGCGGUGCCGAGGCGGUUGAGCGGACGUGUUCACAGGUUGGUGAUUUGUCAGCGAGCAGGGGGAGCCAGAGGAGAAGUACAUGUAUAGCGUGAGUCUCGAGGAUUCACAGAGCCACAGGCUCACGUUAAAGGGAAGAAUAGGCGGCGCCUGCUAAUUCCUGGUCCAAGACAAACAUCCGACGACAAUGACACUUCCACCGUUCGCAGGUCGGAGUUUAUUCACUGAAGUUGCCGCUCGGACCGGGGCCACGAGCAGCGUGUGAGCGGCUCUUCCUGCCAGCAGAGGAUCGUCUGCCGUCUGACAGAUAGCCAAUCAAAGCGGGUGUUCCCGUCGGCGCUCUUAUGUCAGUGACCUAUAUCUCAUGCAUGUGCGCCAAGAGCCCACAGUAACCUCAGCACCACAGCAGACAGCAUGGGGAUCAACGGGUUAGACAAUCAGGCGCAGCCGUCCAGCGGCGAGUGCCGCACGGAGCAGCCGACGGCAGAUCCCCAGAUGGAGCAGGGGGAUGCUCCCCGAGAAGCAGGCGGCGGCAAGAGCGACCAGGCGCCGGGCAGCGAGUGCAAAAUCGUGCAGGAGGACAGCACCGUGCAGCUGAUCGAGGCCGGGUGCAAGCCGCCCGUCUCCCCGGCUUCGGACUCGGAGGCGGGGAUCCAGUCGGAGAGAACCGGGCACGAAUUUGUCCCACCCGAGGGGGGUUUCGGCUGGCUGGUGGUGCUCGCAGCCACCUGGUGCAACGGGUCCAUCUUCGGGAUCCAAAACUCUUUCGGCAUCCUGCACAUGAUGCUGGUGAAGGAGCACGCAGACCCAGACGACAAGACGUCUCAGUUCAAAGUGGCCUGGGUCGGGGCCCUGGCCAUGGGCAUGAUCUUCUUCUGUUCCCCUGUGGUCAGCAUGUUCACCGACCGCUUUGGCUGCAGGAAGACGGCUGUCUGCGGUGCACUGCUGGCUUUCAUAGGCUUGAUCAGUACAUCCUUUGCAAACUCCCUCGGCCUUCGUUAUUUUACUUACGGAAUACUGUUCGGCUGUGGCUCGUCCUUCGCGUUCCAGCCCUCGUUGGUCAUCCUCGGCCACUACUUUCGUCGACGCCUGGGACUGGCCAAUGGCAUAGUGACAGCCGGUGCCAGCCUCUUCUCCAUGGGCCUCCCAGUUUUCCUCAACAAGGUGGUGGAACCUCUGGGCCUAAGCAGGACCUUCCAGAUCCUCAGCCUCUUCAUGCUGGUCCAGGCGCUGCUGGCGCUGGCGUUCAGACCUUUAAUGCCUGCUGGAGGAUGCAUGGGACCCCCGGGCAUGGGACCUGGCUUGGCUGAGCCCCAAACCCAGUCGGGGGCUACUGCUCAGGGCGCGAGUUGUUGGAGCAGGGCUCUAUCUGGGUUCAGGAAAUACUUCAACCUGCGUGUGUUUCACAUCGUGACAUAUCGGCUGUGGGCGUUUGGAGUGGCUACAGCUGUGCUUGGCUACUUUGUACCGUAUAUACAUCUGAUGAACUUUGUGAAGGAGCGCUUCGAGGGGACCGAGAAGGAUUGGGUUCUCCUGGUGUGCAUAGGAGCUUCGUCUGGGGUGGGACGACUUGCUUUCGGAAAGAUCGGAGACCUCAUUCCAGGCCUUCAAAAGAUCUACAUGCAGGUGGUGUCCUUCAUCGCUCUUGGCCUGAUGUCCAUUUUGAUUCCUCAAUGCCAUGCGUUUGAGGCGCUGGCGGUAGUGUGCGUGUUCCUGGGCUUGUGUGACGGCUGCUUCCUCACAAUGAUGGCGCCCAUAGCGUUCGAGUUGGUUGGGCCCAUGAAGGCCUCACAGGCCAUAGGAUACCUGCUGGGCCUCAUGGCUCUUCCCAUGACGGCGGGUCCACCCAUCGCUGGUCUCCUACAUGAUUACUUUGGGAACUACACAGUAGCAUUCUCUCUGGCCGGGGUGCCUCCUAUGGUGGGGGCCGUGGUGCUGUUCUUUGUGCCCCUGAUGCACUCCAGGCUCCAGCGAGGCCAGGCCGGGGCGUCACCAGAGGAGACGUCCACGACCGCCCACAUGUUGCCCACCACGCCGCUAGCAGAGGAGCCAAAGAGCUGCACCAAUGGAGACAUCCUCCCCGGCUACACUGAUGUAGAGACCCACAUCUGAGUCACACUGUACAAAGGGAUUCAGCCCACCAGCACCUUUUCUCAUCCUUCGAUUGUGCUCCUCCCAACCAGAGCACUCAACCAUGGACUUCUGUUUGCUGACCUUUGACCCCACUGAGCCCUCAUUGGCUGUUUUGUUAUUUUUACAUGGAGAGAAGUGGGAAAAGGGCACUCUGUCUACAAACUGCAGAAAGGACAAAAAACAGGUGCAUCAGGGUAGUAUGAUGGACACAUUUAGGGAGGAUAAGCACAACAAAGUCUCUACUCCGAUUUUUUCAUCAUCGGGGACUCUGUAGUAAUAUAAACUUUACCUCCAAGAGGAAAGAAAGGAAUAGAUUUUACCUGACAGCGGUAGUUUCUGAUUUCACAGCAAGUUUGACUAGAAUUAUAUUAUAUUACAUAUAUUUUCUUGUCAUAAAAAUGAAGAAUAGUCAUAUUAACGACUAAAAAUGACUAUUCUUUGUUUUAGAUUCCUUGUAAACCCAUUGUGAGGCAUAUAAAAAAUGAACUAGUGAAGGGAUAAAUUCUCAAUUUCUUUACGUAGUACCUCAUGCAUCAAAGUUUUCUCAACACACUGCAGGUUUUACUUUGUUCUACUGUUUUCUGCUGAGCCAGCGACAAGAGAAUCAUAUGUACAGUACAUGUUGUAAAUGUCAGUUGCAAGUUCCUCUGAGAGAUCAACAACAAGACACAAUCACCUCAAUUCAACCGCACACUGUUCCAAACCGUGCUCAAAGUCUGGGUCUCAAACUCUACUACUCAACCAUCCUGCCUGCACGGGAGACACAUAAGUGACUUUGGUAGCUGCUGAUUCCACUGAUUUAUUUGCCACGGACUUGUGUGUUAGAUUCUUCUAGUGUUAUAUUAUAGGUCAGUUCACUCAGAGGUGAGCAGUGAGAUCAGUGCAUCUCCUACACUGAUCACUGAGAGGAAAAACCACAGUCGAUACAAGGUCUUCUCGUGAGUCAGCCUUAACUUUCAGCUUUCGAUUACGUUUGUUUGUCCAAUAAUUCAACACUUCAUUUGUCUUAUUGGCCUUUACAAUUUUUAGUAGGGUGCUAGAUAAAUCUACAUGAACUGUUUGCUAUGAAUAGUUUUUUAGUGUGCACACUGUCUACUCAUAUAAGUAGUUAAAGCUGGAAUCACGCAGGCCUCAUGGCAAAUUGACGACUGUCCUUAACUUUAGAUUUUCAUCAUAAUAACAAAAGGCAUUUUUUGACUUUUUAUAUCUUGAGUUUUCCUGUGUAUGAAUGAGUGUCUGUGUGAGUACUUGUUUUUGUUGCCACUUUAGGACCUUUUCCUGCUUAAAGACUGACCUCGUCAGGACAAGUAGACCUCAUGGGGACCACAGCUUGGUCCUGAUGGGGCAAAACUGAAUUUCUGAGCCUCUGGUUAAGGUUAGAGUUAAUAUAUGAAUGGUGGUUAGAUUAAGGUUAGGGUUGAUUAUGAAUUGCUCAAGGUAAAGGUUAGGAAUAAAGUCCACCACGAUUUAAAGUCGUUGCAGAGUCCUAGUCAGGAUAGCUGCACAAGAAAAACCUGUGUGCGUUUGUGUGUGUGCGUGUACAUUGGCACGUGUGUGUCUGUGUGUGGCACCUGUCCAUCUGAAAUAGUAGUAGAGACAGUUCUGUAAUAUGAAACUACGAUGUUACAGUCUGUUGAUAAGAAGGGGACUUCUGAGAUUAAAACUGCCAAACGGCCACUUCACAGAAACAAUGAAUUUGCUGCUGUAGUUUAGUCUAAUCAUGAGCACCUCCAUCACUGUGUCAGCAGCUGUGAAACAGAACGUUACAGCCUGCUCUCUUAGAUUACAAUGGACUGUAAUGAACAGAUGUGAAGUAAAGCUGCAAUAAUGGACAGUUUUUAGUGUUUUGAGUUUGGGUUACACUCUUUAUUAUCUGCGUAGCUGAAUACCAGUGGAGGAAGGGAAAAGGAAACGCCCUGGUGUUGAGGUGGUAUUCCUUUCGUUCAACGCCCCUUGUUGCUUUCAUUGCCAUUAUUCAGUCUGUGUUACAACACUUUAGGACCGUACAGCUACACAAACCUUACUGCUGAGUGUAGCUUUUUUUGGUGUGUGUUUGUAUAUUGGGGCGAUGACGCCAGAUUACAAACUGUUCUGAAUAGGAAACACUUAUACCUCAGUGAUCAAUCAAUCAAUCAAUCCUCAGCUGUUUAGGUGUGAACGCGUGGACAUUCUUCAUUAUCUUCGUGGUUUGUUGAUGCAGUCUGAGUCUACAAAACCAGUAAGUUGCCAAAUGCUAGUUUUUUUUUCACAUCCUCUGAACAAAGCUCAUAAGUGUCCGUUUAAGUUUUAUGAAAAUCGUACUUCCCUUCCUCAUGAUCAGUUGGUGCAAGAUUCAUCCUUCCCGUUGUGUUUCUGCCUUCCCAUCCAUUUGCCCUGAUGUUUUUCAUCAUCUACUACGGAAUUUCUAGUUGUCAGUUGCUGUAGCUUGUCUUAAUCACGGCCUGAUUUCCUUGUCUGUGAUUAAAAAAUGUAGUUAAUUUAAAAUGUCUAAAAUUCUUAACUUAAGUGCGGUGCUGUUUAACCAUGAGCAGUGGCGACUUUUAAUUGUUAACUGGUUGUUUAAAAGUAAAAUCACAGACCUCUAAUUUGACUGAGGCAGUGUUAAAAUGUCUUUGCAGCACAGAUGUUAAUUUGCAGCUGCACAGAAAAAGGUAGGGAGUCAUUAAAACUACGGGCUGCGUGAGUGGUUCAACUACCAGCUAUAUAAGCUAACCAAUAUCAUACAUUGUGAUCACAAGCUGGCUUUAUUUCAAUUUAGCCAAUUUUGAGAUUCUUCAUCUUUCAGCUCCCAUUAACCUGAACGCUCCUGCACAUCAAUAUCAUACAAACCAAUUAAAUCUUCAAAAAUCACUUACAAUUAUGUAUUGUUAACUUCCUGCCUAUUAAACAAUAUGCAGAGGUAAACAUGAUAGUUUUAUUUUUGUGAUAAGAAGGUUGCAGGAGAUGCUUUUUAAACUACACAACUGUUUGGAAAAUCAGUAACCCAUUAACCUAAUAGCAGAUUUUUUUGUCAUUUCAACCCACAAUUUAAAGAUGAUGAUAUUUUGUUUCAUCAGAGGAUAAAUAGGUUACAUUUUUUGCUAUAUCCUCACAUUCUGCUGGUUUGCACAGCACUACCCCAGUGAACGCAUAGCGUUGUAUGUUACUGACAUGUUGCACUAGUUUACUAGUUUGCUGAACUAGACGCACGUGUGACAGAAUCUAGCAAAUGAACUAGUGAAUGAAAAGUCCGCAGGGGACUUUAAACCUCUGGCAGCCAUAUUGGACGACCUCAGCUGCUAUAGGCUGAAUGUGUUUCUAUUCAUGAAACAAAUCCGUCUAAAACGAAAAUUGAGUCAUUUGAUUUAAAUGUGCUGUGAACUAAUAAUUUCUUUUUGUGUUGAAUAUGUCGCCUCGUUAUCAUCCGCUGUUGUUUUGUAAAACACAUUUUGGAAGAGACAAGGAAUAAAAACAAGACAUUUGAGUUACUAUUUUGCCUUAUAGAUAAACCAGAGCGUGUAGCUACAGAUUGGAGUCAAAACAGCAAAGCCUAUAAAACGUUUUUCAGAUCUCAAUGUGACUUUUUACUUAUUUUUCUGUUUAGUUUAUGGUUAUUUUCUGUUCUGAAUCUAUCUGAAAAAGCUUAGCUACUUAGUUUCAGUAGAGUCGGCCCUGGAUUCUGGUUCAGAACCAGCUGAGGCUCCCUUUUAACUCUACUGUAGAUUCAAAUAGAGUAAACUGAUAUAUGUAUACCCACAUUUGUACUUUACACCUUUUUUUUUAAUUAACCAUAAACAGUUUUAAUAUGUUCGAUGAUUUUUUGGGGGUUGUGUUUUAAUGAUAUAAUUCAAUGACUACUGGAAAAAAAGAUGAACUGUUAGUGAGUUUAGCUUUAAACUUGUAUCUAAAAGUGAAGGAGCUGGUUGCAUGAAGAAUGAUUCAAUACAUGUGAUUGGUGUAUGCCAGAGUUUUUUCCUUGUGGUCCUGCAACUACUUCUCUUCCUGAAGUCUGAACACAAAACCAUGGAUGUUUUACUUUGAGUUUUUGUUUUUGAGUUUUUGUUUUCAGGAAACGCUAAAUCUGUCGUAGAGCGCCUUCUAUGUUAACCAACAUGUAUCAUAUUAACACUAAUUUAGUACUUAGUUACUUAACACUUUUUUAUCACAAGGAAGUUUUAGGGCUCUUCAUUGUUUUGCCUGACAAUCAAAGCUUCUCAUUUCUCCUCUGGUGCCUGCUUAUGACACACAUUACACAGAUCAGAGAUAAACAGUGGCACAUUAAACACAACAGGCUGCACAUGAAUAAAAACAGGCUUCUAUUAAAGGUUCAGUGUGAAGGAUUUAGUGACAUCUACUGGUCAGGUUGCAUGUUACAGCUGAAUACCCCUCACUUUUACUCUCCCCUUGAAAGAGAACCUGUGGUAGCCUUCAGUUGUCAUAAAAACUCAAAAGGUGUCUAGUUUGUCCAGUCUGGGCUACUGUAAAAAAUAUGGCGGCCUCCGUAGAGAGGACCCACUCCCGAUUUAAAUAUAAAGUAUUUAAAUACAAAGGGCUCAUUCGAGGGUAAAGAAAACCACAAUUUGUACAGUUUGGAUGAAUCACACAGGUGAAAUCAUCACUAGGAUUACUUUAUAUAACAUUUCUGCUCUAUUCACCUAAAUCUUACACAAUGGACCUUUAAGCCCUGUCUCUAAGCGUGAUUUAGUUUCUCAUUUGUUUCAAGCAUUGACUUUAAAGUUUGUAAUAUCUUAUUCCACUGCAGCGUCAUUUCAUUCAGCAUUAACUUCAAUUUAUUGCUGAUAAUCUGUCUUUCAAAACCUGACUUCUCCGUUGUUAUGCCAUUAGGCUUUUCCACUGGCAGGAGAGGAAAAAAAGAAAAACACCAUGAUUAUUCUGCUCUGCGAUGUUCCAUUUUAACCGCUCCUCUGACCUCAGUCUCCGCUCACACUCUAACUGCUUUGCUUUUCCUCCAAACCACACAUGCAGCAUGUGACUGCGGAGGGUCUGUACAUUAUGAGGCUGAGAAGUGAUUUGCAAAAGAACAAGUCAACACCUCAGAUUCGGCCAUGGACCACUUCAGCCCUUGAUAUGUUUCUGGCUCUGCUCCCAGCACCAUUCAUCUCUGUUCAUUUCACUUAAGUCACAUUUUUAUCGCUCCUGGUCGCACAUAAAUAAUGUAUAGACCUUUUAAUAUGCUGUUCUAGAAAUCCUGUAUUUUUCAUGCAUAUCUGUCAUCAUCUAGACUGUAUAGGCGUUGUGUUUUCUCAGCCGUAAAUCCCCUGACUUUUGCAGGUGAUGUAUUCUCAUUUACAUUUGUGCUCGGUCUCGGUGCAAAGCUCGGCCCAGGCCUUCCUACAGCCUUAUAUGUUUAAGUCAUAUUUCAAUGCAGGGCUCUGCUAAACUUUCCUCCUCUAACCUCCAGUAAGGCUACUCCAGUUAAACCUCUAUUGCCUCCCCUUCCUUUCUUAAGCUACAAGCUUCUGUCCUCGCACCACAACUACUAUACCUUUUUUGUAAGAAUAUAUAUUCCUGUUUCACGUCAUUUUACAAAAAUUGAAAAAACUUCUAACAAGGCCAGUGGCGUCACACCAUCUGAAAUCAAGUCAUGCUGCUAGGAAAUAAUUUAUGUAAUCUGUGUUUUUGUCAAAGUAAAUUUGGAUCUGUAUCAUAAAAUGGCACAUUUUUUCUAUUAAACCAACAAUAAAGAUGUAACAUGAAAACAA